AUGUACUUUGUUGAUUUCAUCUCUUUAGUGGGACCACUGUAUGUUGACCAAACAGUGCCUAAAGAAAAAGAUCUUGAGAAAGAAAUGUCUAGUGAGUUUGAUGGCCGGGUCAAUAAAGGUGGAUACUGGAAGCCAACUGAAUGCCAGGCAAGGGUCAAGGUGAGGUGUUUGAAUUAGCAACUUUUAAAUACUCAGUAUCAAAACAUUUACACUGCUUCCCUUCAAUAGAGUUUUUUUUAAAAUAGAAUUGUCAGGGAUUUUAUCAAGAGCUUCUGGGCAUGCUUUCCCUUAAAAUAUUUUGUCAGUCAGAUUUUAUGAAAUAAUUUUUGACUAUGGUUUCAUCUUUUGUUAAAAAGUGGCUGACUGAGAGAGUAAAGUAGCCAAUGUCUUUUGUUGGUCGUUGGUGCUUUAUUGAAACUCCAGGGUUGUGUAAGAAGAAUCUGAACAGGUAUAAAAGUCAGUAAACAAUAUUUUUUGGAGAUCCUUCUAUUUUAUGGUGAAAGCAUCGAUUAAUCACUAUCCAGUAGAUAACACACUUGAUAUUCAUUAAAUCAGUUAUGCACUGUAGGCUAUCUGCCAGCCUGAAAUUAAAUCAAGAACAUGAUGUUAAAACUGUAAUGUAAUCUCUCUCCAGAUGGCGCUUAUAAUUCCCUACCGUAAUCGCUAUGAGCAGCUCUUAAUGUUUGUUCGUCACAUGCACCCUAUGCUUGAAAGGCAAAAUUUAGACUACAGGAUUUUUGUGAUAGAGCAGGUAUGUUUUUCAACAUAGCAGUACAGCCCUCCAAGUUAAAGUUGCUUCGGUCGCCAAUCGGCAACCAAUUCUUUUGGUUUAAGGAGACUUUUUUAUAAAUCAAGUCGCCAGCUCCAAAAUUAGGCGCCAUGGUCACCAAAAUGGUCGCAACUUGGAGGGUUGCAGUAGUAUAGAAACACAUGCACUAGGAUCUCAACUAUAUCAAAGGUAAUUUGGCCACCGUAUUCUACCAUAAGAUCGUCGAAAAUCAGCACUACGGGUGACCGUCUUGACUGAGUCUAGCUUGAAGAUGACUAGCUCAUCUACUUAAGGAGCAGAGCACAGAUUGGGAGAAGGCAAGACCCUGUAUUUUUCUUGCCUCCUUCCCCUACCAUUAUGAACACCGACAGCUGCCCUCUUGGUACUUUCAAAACCAAUUAGCAAAUCGCUGCCAGUGCUAGUGACGGUGUUGUUGGAAAUAAGACCCAAGCAAUGACACUGUGAAGCAAUGUGGAUAAUUUCAUCAAAACAUUCCCGAACUCAGCCAAAAAUCAUGUAAAUUGGAAUGCAAGUAGUACAGCUGAUACUGCAGAUAGCCAAUUCAGAAUUUUGGUUACAUACAAUGUAAUACUGUUAGUUCUCUCUAAAACAGACACCUGUGGGACCAAAACUAUUUUUCUGUCUCAGAGAGAUGUCUGUCCUAUAAUGAGUCAACUAAAAAGUGGGAAGAAAGGCAAGGACCAACUCUUGGUGUCCAUUUAUUCCGCUUUAUUGGGUAUCCGUUAAGAGGGAGCUGACUGUGAUCAAAAUUAUUUGUCAGCAGAAUAAAAAUCCUUAGCCACAUGAACCGCUUAUGAAAUUUAAUGCUUUUGUCUACCCUCUGUAACCCUCUCUCCUCAAUAAAGAGAUGGAACUGAUCAAAUAUUAUUAUGCUUGUAUUUCCAUAAACAGGCUGGAGAAACUCCAUUCAACCGUGCCAUGUUGUUUAAUAUCGGUUACAAGGAAUCACUGAAAUUUGACCAGUAUGAUUGCUUCAUUUUCCACGACGUAGACUUGAUACCAGAAGAUGAUCGCAAUGAAUACAACUGUCCCUCCUCACCUAGACAUCUGUCAGUGGCCAUAGACAAAUUUGGUUAUCGGUAUGUUUAACUGAACACCCUACAAUCAUGUAUGUGCUUUUUUGUUCAUAUUAUAGCAUGUGAGUCAUAGAAGGAAAUCGAACAUAACAUACACAAUGUUUUAGUUAUUAAUUUUUAUUUCUAUUUUUGUGGGGUGUAAAGCUCUCAGAUGCAAACAAUGAUCUCCCUAGCUAAAUAGUAUGGACAUGUAAAAACAAAUUGAUUCGUUUGACCAAUGAGCCCCGGGAGAUUUUUCCUAUAGACACAUUUUGAAGUUGGUCAAGCCAUUUCCUGGUCACUGCAUGGCUCUAAAGAAACUCAGCAAAAAGCCAUUUAAAGGUCUUAUCCUUCAUGGCCUGCUGUUCCAGAUGUAAAAUAUCAGCUUACAAGUGACACAGCAGUCUCAUUUUUCACAUUUUUCUUGCUUUUCCUCCUUCCCUCUUCUUUCGCUUUUCUUUCCCCAUAAUAGGCUUCAUUCUGGGUGGGUGAGGAAGGGAUUUUUGGGGAAGCUUUUGGAAUAAUUGUUAGGAUUAGACGGAAGAAAUUUCAGGGGGGUCAACUUUACAAUUUGUACUGUACAUCUCCGGCUUCCUUGAUCGAAUCGUGCUCAUUUUGGUAUGGUUUGAAAGAUCUCUUCUCCCUGCACGAGUUAGAUGACAAAGUUGCCACAAACGAUACAAAGGAUGUGGAUCUACCAGAGGCUGUUAUAGGUGGUUCAGGGGUGAAUGGAUUAACUCAGGACUCGACAAUCAACUUCCUAUCAAACAGCUGGAGUCAUUAACUUUUCCCUUGUCGAAAACAGCUAAGUUACCCAUCUCAGAUGUUUCAGUUCAAUUCAGCUCUUUAUUUUACACUAUAUGAGGCAUUUACACGUAAACGAAAACCAAGUAGGUGUUAAAUAAUCAUUAAACUAAAAGACAUUAAGUUCAUUUGUGUACGGUGUCCAAAGUAGCGAGAGCUGUUCUUGUUGGGCACCGCCAUGUUCAGAUAAUUGGCAGCAGCAAAGAGAGGAAAUAAAAUCUCAAAUAGUAUCAGUGAUAGAACAUAUAAGCAAGGUUACGAUCACAUUUGAUUGAUUAGAAGAUAAGACUUCCAUUUUAUUCUUAACUGUUGUUGACAGUGACUGAGUGACUCAGCAAUGUGAUUGUUGACGUCACCUUUCCUCGUCUCUCGUUUGUGUUCGGCGACGAGGAAUGGUGACGUCAACAAUCACAUUGCUGAGCACCAUUUAAAGACGAAACAUCAAAUUGACUGGGACUCUGCGACAUGUAUAACGUAUUCUACAGACUACUAUCAACGUCUUAGAGCAGACGCCACUGAAUCGUAGCCAACAGUUACCAGCGCCGUGCAAACGACUUAUUGACGAGAUCAAGCAAAACUAACUACGAGAGAACGACUGGAGGACUGACAAUUUGACUAACAAUAGACGACUGUUUAACUGUGACAAUAGACGGAUCGAAACGCACCAAUUACUGAUUACGAGUCUUCAUAGCCAAUAACAUCACGGCUUAACUAACAGACGACCAAUAACAUCGCGACGUAAUUGACCAAUCAGAUCAAUAAGCAGAGUAUAAUACCAUCAACUGAGGUGAUACAACUCACUUUGACUCUGAAGACGACUACCGCACAAGUUGUCGAGACGUCAGUCACUGUCAACAACAGUCCUAUUCAGGACUACGUUCACCCGGACGAUCAAACUCAACCUACUUUUGAGAUAACGGAUUCAAGUCGUUUUAAGUUGUCGCUAGAGAAAAAUAAAUUGGUAUCAUCGUCAAAGCUCUGCACCGAACGUUUGUCUACACAGUUGGUAAGUCGCUCACAUAAAGCAAAAAUAAAAGAGGACCUAGAGUCGAGCCUUAGGGUAUACCGCAGGAAAUAUUUUCAUAGCUAGAUUUAGUAGAGUCAAUUUUAACACAUUGUCUUCGGUUGUGCAAAUAACUUUCAAACCAAUGAUGUGGUGUACCCCGAAUUCCAUAUAGAUAGAGUUUAGAGAGUAUUAUUUUAUGAUUUACCGUGUCAAAAGCCUUUGAUAGGUCAAGAAAUAAACCACAUGUUACUUAACCUUUACCAGUAGCUAGUUUCAGAUUGUCAGUAAUUUCAAGAAUAGCUUGUUCUGGUUAUGUAUAUAUGUUAAAGGUAUUGACAAUGGCUGGGCAACUAUUUUGAUUAAUUUCUUAGGAAUAUCUAAGGAUGACUUAUGAUCAUUUAAACAUUUAAAUAGUGAACAUACCUGGAUUUCAGCAACACAGGAUAUAACAAAGCUAGCUACUGGAGUCGAUCUUAAGAAUUGGGUCGGACUUCCCUGACAAUUUUCAAUUCUUUUGGCCAGGUUUUGACCCACAUUGACAAAAUGCAUAUUAAUUAAUCAGUGAUCUCAGCCUUUUCGAGAUCGGGAUUUGUCCCUUUGAAUUGCGCUUAAGAGCAAAUGUUAUCAUCGGUCAAACAUUUCGUGGCAACAGCUGAAAAUUCAAUUUGGCCCAUAUUCUCAGGUUAGGUAGACCUUAAUGUAAAACAAAUCGCUGCAUAGUUCGUUUGGCUAAAUAUCGAUUAGUUUUCGAGAAAAUCAAUAAUAACCGAAUGCUGAGAAUUUGCCACGUUUUGGGCUUACAAUUUCCGUCGAAAAAGAAUGCUUCGCGUAACGAAAUAACACAUUCUACAGAAAUAAAAUCUACUAAAUCUUGUAGAAUGAUGCCAAAAUAUGUGUUAAAAGCAAAUUUAGCAAUUCUUUUAUGUUUACUUUGAAAAUAUAAUUACAUUUCGCGACCCCUCUUUUAUCAAGAUGAAAACUUGCCAAAAAAUAACCUUUAAUCUAAGUAUGUGGUACUAAAUGAAAUACGUCGAAAAAUCUGGAUUUCGAAAGCCGAAUAAUCGUUCUAUUAAAUAGGCAAAGGAUUUUUUGGGGAAAUGAUUUAGCGCGAAGAAAUUCAACUUUAAACUUGGAUACAAUGCCCUGUUUUAACCGACCUUCCAAUUUAUGUAAUAACCACACAGAAAUACAAGUUUUCCAAAGAUAGCAUUCAAUCAAAAGCGGGAUUCUGCUGUCCCUUCGUUUGAUACAAAAUUCAAUCAAACUACAAGAUAAUUUGUCAAGAUAACGCAGCCGUCAUGUUUGUUUACACUCCAGCGUGAAGACUAGACGCGAGAUGUUUUGUUGGGAAGUUUUCCCAACCAAUUAUCUCUUUGCCUUUCCUCCAAAAUCAGUUUCGAACUAAUAAGCAAACCAAAUAUAAUCUGUGACAAUUUCGCACAAGAUUCAAAUCUUUUGAUCAUGAAAUUAAAAGGUCUUUUGACCUUCUUUACCAGCAUAUGAAGACUUCCACAUUUUCAUAGUAUAAUAACAACUUACAUUUUCCUUGCGACAAAACUGAGCUGGGCGUUCUCAGCAAGUUAGAUUCGCAGAACAUGUAAUAUAGCAACUGGUUACGGUUGCGUGACCAAUUUUUAUUUCCGGAAGUGAGAGCGGAAGUUCAUUUGCACGGACUUUUUGUGACUGGAAAAUCAUGAACCCUUUAUAUAAUGCUGCUGCUAAACAUUUCAAACUAACGAGGCUUUUUAGUUACAAUAUCAAUUUUUACAUUUUAUACCCUCAGCUAUAUUCUACGGCGAUACUGACCACAUAAACCAACUUCAAGAAGAUCUAGCCUCUGAAUAAAUUUCAAAACUGUCAAAGAUGAAACACAACGAGUUUUUACACGUCUACUAAAAGCGUUACCCCAAAUCGAACUAGAAAAUUUAAGUGAUUAAAUGCAGGUGCCAUGACGAAUUCAUUGCCUUGUUCAAGAAAGACGCUUCCACAUCUCAAGUUCGGAAAAACUAACUCUUGGCUUUCACCAUCACCUAGUUUUUUUUUUUUUUUUUUUGUAAUAAUUCAGCUCGGUAAUGGUCUCCAGCUAUUAAAAGGGCAAGAACAUUAUUGUCUCAGUGAGUUAAACGGGAUCACCCGGACACGACCGGUAACGGAUAAUGAGUUCCUCGAGAAACUAAUUUUAACUUAGACUAUACAAAUUUUCCAAACACUAUUGUUAUAGACAUCCACGAGGAAUGAUAGAUGGUCAAGUAAAGUAAGCUUCAAAAAACAAUUUAAAAAGAAAUCCAAAUUACUUGGUCACAUGAUUGACUCCCCCCAACCUCCAGUGUUCGAAAAUUGUAGCUAACCGUUCCCACCACUUUCUAAACGUGUAGCUCCAGCUUUCUAUAUCAAAGCAUUGACCCUACAAAGUCUAUGGGAAAUCAGCUCGGAAUGGUUCCCGAAUCAUUACAAUUUGCAGGUGAAACUGGUGUUCAUUGACUAGUGCAAGUCCUCCUCUAACUAAAGUUUUCGACAGUACGAGACGCAUAUGACUUCUUUCCAUUCCUCUAAUUGUUUUUACAAGAAGAGUAUUAUUAGAAACUGUAGACCUACAAAAGGAAAACGGUUUGCUCUCUGUCUAGUGGGCGGUUCAACUCGAAGAAUUUCUCGAUAAAAUGGGGCGUGGUUGAUCACGUGAUGCAGUUAAAAAUAAUUUUAAAAAAGAAGUUGGAAGAUUCCUUAUGAUUGGCCUUAAAUUGUUAGUCACGAGGUAGCUUGAAAAAAACUUUACAUUAGACCAUCCCCCCUUAAAUCUACUUGAAGAUGUACAAGAUUCUCCGUUUGUGGGUGUGGCUGUGAUUCCUUUUCUCUCCACAGACUUAACUCAUUUAUAACAACUUGUUACUUUUCGUAUAACACUUUUCCUUUUGUUGGCUUUUCCCUGGCCUCUAUCGUAAAAGUUACGAGGAUAAGUUUGCGAGACACUUUACAACCCUCGUCAGUCGUCACUCUUAAAAGAGUGUCUCUAAAAAGUUCUAUAGACGACACACGUAGCGUAGAGCCGUCAAUUUCAGUUUACCCCAAAUAAGACAUUCUCGACAUCACUGAUUAUUUCGUAGGUUAAUCUCUACAUAUUCUGGUCAGCCUUACUAGGUUUACAGCCACACCUGGCCAGAACGCCUUCAAUAAUUUCCAUAUACGGCUGUUUGCACUUGCCAGUCAUCGAUGCUACAUCCAGUUCUAAAGCUGCACAGAUGUUCUGCAGUGUUCGUAUCGAAAACUUCGCCAGCUUAGACUGACCUACGAUCUCACAGAUGUUGAAUGUUUCGUACAUGAUAGGAUGUUGAAGAGUUAAUGCUUUCGUUACUUUGUUGGACAUUUCUUCGAUUGCCUUCUCUGCUAUCAGCUUAUUCCUUUCAGGUUCUUCCUCCUCACUGGAUUGCUCCACACUAUACGUUUUCUUUGCUGACAAGCGAGAAAAAAAUCCUGCUAUUUGUAGUGGUGUGAGAUCCCACUUGUCAAAGAUAUUAGAGCCAUAUCAUCACUAUGCUUUACUCUUUGCAUUGCCUUUGAGACGCUCGUUGGAUCUGCUUUUUGCCCAGUGCGUUCUCCAGCUUGAAAGACUGCAGUCAGAUAGUUUUGCUGCGCCACCGUAAGAUUCUUUCUUUGUACUCCUGCUGGCUUAAAAGGCCAUCCCAUCGGUAGCACGGAGCCAUCACCCUCCCCUGACAUAGAUGCACCAUCAUCAACUAUUUCUGGUAGGACACCAGGACCACGCUCCAGUUUGGUGGCGUACAUGGUAAUUGCCUUGUCGUACAGUGUUUCCUGUUCCAGGGCAUACUUGUGUUAACCACAGUCCAGAUGUUUUUGUAGCGAUGAGUAUUGUACAAAGGACUUGACACAUCCCUCUUGUGGAUAGAAAAACAGAUCGCUUCCUUCGUCGUUACAGCUCUCAUCGUCGUCGCUGUUAUUUCUGUUCUGUGGAACCUCUUCUAAAACCGGUUUUUGCUUUGGUUUGCUCCUGGCUUUGGCAGUUUGGAAAGAUACUUCAGCACUAGAACUCUGUUUCUGUUUCUUAGCGGAGGAAGACUCCCAACUUGAAGUUGCUCCAGGGUACAAAUUUGCCAGAGCCAAUUCCAUAAGCUCUCCAAACAUGCAAACCUUCCUUGGUGUAUGCAAUGUUGUUAAUGAAACUAACUCCCUCCCAUUUUACUAGAGUGGACUUUGCAGCAUGUUGUGGCCCGCUCACCGUCACCCGGACACCAGAAAUUCCGCCAGAUGACUCAAUGACCGUCAUCAUUUGUGAGGCUGUCUCUGUGUCGUGGCCUGAAUUGAGAUGAGUGCGCAUGUGACUUUUAAUUGUCGCGGCCUUACGAUCACAACAUCCUUUUCCGCCUUGGGGGUCGAAAAAGUCAAAACGCUCUCGUUCAAUUGCAUGCUCGUGGGCAACAUGGUAGACUGAAAGUAAUGAAAACGCGCAAUGAUAGCAUCCUGCAUUAUCGCUCCUUAUAUAAACAGAGUUGACUUCUGGCAUGAUUUCCUUAAGUUGACGAAAGACGUCAUCAAUAAUGGCGAGUAACACGCGAAUAACACGCGUUGCAACUCUCUGUGUUUACAAACGUUUCACUAAAGCUGUUGACAAAGUGAAGAUUUCCACUUUUAGACUGCAAACAAAUUCUCUCGGUUCGCUCAAAACAAACAAACACUGACACCUGUUUUUAAAUUAGUACCGACAUUUUUAAUUAAAUUUAUUUGAAAAAAAAGUGAUAGCGACGACGUUUUUAACCGAUUUCACGAGGUUUUUCCGGAGGACAACGCCGCAAAUUUUUUUUGGUUUCCUCAGGCAAUUAUUUUUCUAUAGCCAUCAUAUUUGUCACACUUUUGCCUUUAUUCAUUUUUUAAACAGGUUUCUGUUUUUCUUUCCUUCUUUUUUUACUCUGAUAUUUAAUAAAAAAAUCGCUAAGAUCCACUAGACACUUGUUCCAUGUUCCAAUCCCGCUUUUCUGUAGUUGUAGGUUUCACUUGAAUGAAGCAGUAUUUCACAACACCCACGUGAUAACAUAUGUUUUUGACUUGAGGUCUCUUGGUUCCGCUUUGGUUUGCUGCUCAGUUCAAAACUGAUGUUUCGGCAAAGAAGACUUACGAAAGGCACUCUAAGACCAUUUUAGAGGAAACUGGAGGCAGUAAUUACAUACAACUAAAACCAACGUCCAAAGCAUGGAAAACAAACAAUGCCACCGUUCGGCUAUCAUGUCGUGGGAAAUGAUUUUGAGCGACUGGUUCACUUACCAAACGACACCGGCCUGCAGAAAUACAGUUUUCUUCAUCAUUGAUUUGAAGACAAAAAGGUUAGAUACUAUGCGUUAAAUAGACCUCGACUUAAUGUAUUCUGAUUAACUUUUUAGGUGCUUGUGUCGAGUUGUAAUGUGCCUUGCAGAGUCAUGUCACGCGUACGACGAGUUGAAACAUCGAAAUUUAUCCCAAAUUUAAAAAUCGAUUUCAUCCCUCUGAAUCAUCUCCCAAAAAAAUCCUUUGGGACUCUUAAAGAACAACUCUUUGACUUUUAAACACUACGUUUUCAACGAAUUAUACGCAGUACCACAAGCUUAAAUAAAAGGCUAAUUUUAGAUAAGUUUUCUUCUCGAUAAAAAUAGGUCGGGCAAAUUAAAUUAGAUCUUGAAAGUAAAUGGCCAAGAAUUGAUAAAAAUUGCUUUAACGGUAUUUUUGACAUCGGUCAACAAUAUGUGGUAGAUUUUAUUGCUCCAGAGUGUUUUACAAUGUAACGCGACCCGUCGUAACUCGCCCUAAAUUGCACAUCGAAAAGGCGGCGUUUUCACGAAAUUCAGUGAUUAUCGGUUUUCUCGAAAACUAAUCGAUAUUUAGUGAAAUGAACUAUUCAGUGUUUUGUCUUAUGUUAAGGUCUACCUAACAUGAGAUUAUGGGCCAAAUUGAUUUUUGAGCUGUUGCCACGAAAUUUUGAAAAUGUUUGAUUUUUGGUAACAUUUGCUCUUAACUAGCAUACCUUUUAAUUUCCAAGAGGCCUUCGGAUUGUUUUUGAAUAGGUCAAAGUGUUUUGAGAAGUAAUUCUUUUUGCAAAUAUUCUUAAGCUAAUUCAGUUUAUUAGCAUACUUUUUAUAUUCCAUCACCUUAAUUGGAUUGUUAGAAACAAAAUGUGUUUUGUAUAAUUUAUGCUUAGGUUUGAUUUAUUUAAGAAUGCAUUGGUUACUCCACGGCUUAGUAUACAAUUCCUGUUUCUUUUGGGACAACUUCCUAAUUGGUGCAUGUUUAUCUGCAAUUGAUUUAAUCAGGUCAAUUAUUUUAGUAGUUGUCUCAUCAAUAUCAUUACUAUUAGAUAGCAUUCCAGUUGACUGCAUUGAUAUCCCGUAGCUGAGAUUCUUGAUUAAAACUGCUGUAAUCUCUAUAAUACUUAUUAUUAAAAACUUCUUACUUUUACAACUGCACCGAAAAUUCAAAUUUACAGUACUUUCGACGGCUGUCACUUAAAAACUCUUUUCCUUCACAUUAUCCGCCAGGUUUUUUAAGCUGUUCUGCUGUGUAAAAUCCUAGAAUCCCGAUCAUUUUUUAAAAAAAACUAAUGUUCAUCGCUACAAUAUUUUGAUUUUUCAUUUAUGCAGUCCAGUUGAGUCCGUUCGCGCGUUGACAGUUUUGAUAGACGUGUGACAUGUGAAUAGCGGAAGUCCCUUGUCUUUUCCGGUUUGUUCUAGUCGGGGAAAUUCCACGAGAUUUUGUGGGCGUUUUUAAUAAAACAAUUAUUGCACUCGCGCUUGUUGGAUAUGAGAUGAUUAUAGCCAACUCGGCGCUAUGCGCCUCGUUGGCUAUCUAUCAUCUCAUAUCCAACGCGCCCUCGUGGAAUAAUUGUUAAAUAGGGUUGUGUUUCUUAACUGGUAUAUUUGUAACACAGACAACAUAGACAACUGGGAGGUGAUCAGAGAUAUCCACCAUUACAACUCCAGAGACAAUUUUGGAUUUACACUUAGAAUAUGAAAUUCUCUGUCAUCUAAGUCAUGUUUGGAUGGUCAGUUAUGUGUUAGAGUUCAACCCUUACUGUUCAUGAACAAAAGAUAUCUACAUUGCGUCUAUGAACUCAUGCUGUACUCCUAUCCUUAAUUUCUUAUUCUGCUCACCCACAAUUGUUUUUAAUUCAAUAAUUUCCAUGUAGUUUACCAUAUCGCACAAUCUUUGGCGGAGCAGGCUCCUUUACAAAGCAACACUUUGAACUUAUCAAUGGAUUUUCCAACAAGUUUUGGGGAUGGGGUGGAGAAGAUGAUGACCUCUACAAAAGGUACAUAGUGCGCAAUCACUGUACUGUUAAUUUCGUUGUAGCCUUGCUUAUAUUUCUCAGUGACUGCAUGAUUUAUUUUGUAACAUGAAGAUAAUGUGAACCGCAGAAAUACAAACUUUUUAAAUGAAGAUAUGAUCGUCGCAGUGUUAAUUGCAAUUUAAGCAAUUGCAAAUAAACCCGAAUCAAAAUUUCAGGACUUCAACGGGAUUUGAACCCAUAGCCUCUGCGUUAGUUCUGAAGUGCAUUACCAUUUGAGCUAUGAAGGCCCACGGGUUAGGGGCAGGCCAAUUUGUUGAGUUCAUCUUAACCCGUGAAAGGAAUAAUGAAGCAAUGAAGAUGAUGUGAACUGCGGAAAUACAAAUUUUUAAAUGAAGACAUCAUCGUCGCUGUGGUAAUUGCAAGUUAAGCAAUGGCAAAUAAACCCGAAAAAAAAAAGGGACUCGAACCCAUGGCCUCUGCAUUAGCGCUGCAGUGCUCUACCAUUGGAGCUAUGAAGACCCGUACAUUAGCAGACCAAUUGGCGAAUGGGUGCUUGUUAUAGAUCUCUUCAAUAAUCUUUGCGUGUUGUCCAGGUGGGCUGGAGAUUUGGUAAUCCAUGUCGUCGAUGUAUCCAACAAUUAAAAACCAACCUCCUUGUGUUGGAAAUGACAAGAGUGAAAAUGGCACAAAAAGCCUUUCGCUGUGAACACAGUAAUUUAGCUCUCUUUUGUAAAGUAGCGGUUAUAUUUUUCCUUUCUAUUUUUCUGAAUGUUAAGAGGUGUAAUCACUUUUUAGUUGUUCUGCACAUUUACCUUUCGUAUGUUGUAUAGUUUCAAAGAAGAACCCUUAGAACCAUGGCCAUUAUCUUACUGAUAAAUACAAUGUAAAUGUGGCAGCUGUUAUUGUUGUGAUAUGAGUAGAAACUUACUCACAGCCCUCUAAGGCAUCUCUUUCACUGGAAAAGUUGAAAAUUUACAGCACAUGUAAAAAUUACAUCCUGUAAAAUACAAUUAACGUGUUUUGUAAAUUCCAAUUUACAUGAUAGGGUUUGUAAAAUAAAAUUCUCUUCAAUUUCCAGUUUUACCUCACCAUGUAAAUUUACCAUAAAAAAAACACUUACAGCCAGCGUCCUUCGGCAGUAAUGGAUAGGAGACCAUGUAAAAACGUGUAAAAUGUUUUACACAUAUUUACAGUAUCUUCUUUGUAAAUAGCCGGUAAAAGUUAAAGUUACUUACCGAGCAAGCCUAGGCAAGCCUGUUGUUUCUGUUGACGUAGAGGGACGCUCAUUAGUAAACCUAUACCGAAUUAGUAUAAGGAAGGCACUUAAUUAGUAUGGAGGAGCGCAUUUUUUCCCUAGGUUAAAACAAUGGGUGACGUCAUAGACUCGAUCCUUAUUCAUAUUAAUAAAAGGGAACGCACACGGAACGCAAAGGGAACGCACCAACUGGGCUUAUCUUUGCUGAAGCCCUACUACUGAUUUGACCCUGUAAAAACAUUGUAAAUCAAUAAAGGGAGACUGAUUUGACCCUGUAAAAACAUUGUAAUUGGAAAGAAAGGGAGACUGGUUUAACCCUAAAGUUUAUAUGGAAACCAGGGAAAAUUGUACUUGGUGUGCCUGUGCCAUAGCUGACCGCUGCUGCUGUGCAGUCUAAGGAAAACUGAGUGACCGCGCUCGAUGGCUCGAUAACUUUUCCACGGGCGUACAAGGAGGGUGAGUUUUCGGUAUUCGAUUAACAAGUCAGCGGUAGUUUGGCAAAAUGAAGAGAGAGUUCCGGUUAAAUGAUCGAUCUUCCUGUCGGGACACUUCCGGUCGAUUUCGCAAUCUGGCGGGAAAAUCAGAGAAGUGAGAUCAAGGUUUUCAAGAUCUUUCAAGCGACAAUUAUGAAUUCCUCUACGGACGAAGUAAAGGAAAAAUAGAUUGCAUUUCUUCAGGGAAAUUUUUCCAACGUUCGUUUUUCGGAGAAUUACUGUUUUGCAUUUCACGAAGGAGACGCGGAAAGUCUAUGUGAUUUCACCCUUAAAUAUCUUUCUGUGAAUUCGACCGCGUUCAUUUAAACCGAAACAAUAGACCUUGUCACUGUUUUCGACGCCAUCUUGACGAGUAGGCAAAGAGAAAUUAAAGUGUUUGUAUGAGAAUCUAAUGUCGAAUAAUUUCGGUAAAACGGCUGUUCUGAAAAAUAUAUGAAUUGUUUUUUAAAGCUACACAGCAAAGGAUUUUACUAACAAAUUUUGGGUGCCGCUAUCGCGCAUAAAUUUCUCAAGACGCUUGCUUUAGAUUUUCCAUUAUGAAACUUAUUUACUUCAUUUUUGCUGUAGUCAAGCUGCAUUCUCCUCAGUUCUGGUGAAAAAAAUAGAUAAUUUGACGCCGGCUAAGUCACCAGCUCCUGUUGAGGUAAGAUAUUGUGUUAUUUAAUACAGUAUUGAUUGCAUGACCAUGGACGGGGUGUGAUCUAACUGAUUACAGAUCCUCUGCCCUCCAAAGUUUAUGAACCAUAAAUCACUAUUAAGUUAAAGAUUCUCAAAGGUACGGAAGCUUAUAGGUGCCAUCCGACAUCCGACAUCCGACAUCCGACAUCCGACAUCCGACAUCCGACAUCCCACAUCCGAGAUCCGACAUCCCAGAUUUGACAUCCGACAUCUGACAUCCGACAUCCGAGAUUCGACAUCCGACAUUUGAAAGGAUGGCCGUGAUGUGUAGUGCCUGGUAUCAAGGAACCUACGAAGUGAGGUUUGAAAGGAAACAAUGCGGACUAUUCUGGUUUUGUUUAAUAUUUUUAUCAUUUUGCAUUGUUGCGAAUGCGUAUUACCCCGGUAUGCUCUUUCAUUAGGAAACGUGCAGCGAAGUCGUAUCCUUUUCAGGUCUGUACGAUGAAUUUAAACCAUUUGCUCUUGCACAUUUAAUUUUGUGCUUGUAAGUAAUAUGAUAAUUUCAAGACAUAGCAGGCUUUAAUCCGUUAAGUUUGGAAUGUUUUAGGCCCUGUUUACAUGGAGGUGGGGGACCCCAGGUACGUGGGGUAACCCGCUAAGGUGGGGUAACCCGCCUGUCCAUAUAAUCUCUUAUUUUAGUUUGUUCACGUUUACAUGAUAGGUGGGGUGACCCGCCAAGGCCUGUUGCCCGGUCUGCCAGACCAGGUAACCCUCUCAGCCGGGGUCAAAUUUUGCCGUGUAAACGUUUCAAGGUGGGGUAACCCGCCUACCCGCGGUCGGAUUCGUGAUACAUCAAAUUCGUGCAAAACUUCACUUUGGCGGUGGCUUUUUGCAUCAUGAUUUAAGGUAAUAAUAGAGAGCCACAGCACUGAAGGUUGCAGCAACAGCAGCAAGUGAGUGUAGAAGAGCGUUAAUCGCCAAAACACGUGGUUUGCCAGCAUUUUUCUUGUUUACGUGCUUAGGGACCAUUCAAUAAUCUCGAGAAAGUGCAACCUGGGAUGGCGGGGUUGUAAGAUUGCAUGUAAAGGGGAGUUAUUUUUUUAUCCCACCUAAGCGGGUUACCUCACCUACCUGGGGUCCCCCACCUCCAUUUGAACAGGCCCUAAAACAUUCCAAACUUAACGGAUUAAAGCCUGCUAUGUCUUGAAAUUAUCAUAUUACUCACAAGCACAAAAAUAAAUGUGCAAGAGCAAAUGGUUUAAAUCCAUCGUACAGACCUGAAAAGGAUACGGCUUCGCUGCACGUUUCCUAAUGAAAGAGCAUACCGGGGUAAUACGCAUUCGCAACAAUGCAAAAUGAUAAAAGUAUUAAACAAAACCAGAAUAGUCCGCAUUGUUUCCUUUCAAACCUCACUUCGUAGGUUCCUUGAUCCCAGGCACUACACAUCACGGCCAUCCUUUCAAAUGUCGGAUGUCGAAUCUCGGAUGUCAGAUGUCGAAUCUCGGAUGUCAGAUGUCGGAUAUCAAAUCUGGGAUGUCGGAUGUCGGAUGUCGAAUCUCGGAUGUCCGAUGCUGGAUCUCGGAUGUCGGAUGUUGGAUGUCAGAUGGCACCUAUAAGCUUCCAUACAAAGAUCACAUACAGUGGUGAUGGAUUUUUUCGAACAAUUGAAUGCCAGUUUUAAAAUCAAUCUGCUGGCUUUGCAGAAAGAAUAACGAAAAUGAAAUUAUGGACCUUUUUGUGGUUUGUGUUUCCAUCUUGCAAUUGGCCGCUAUAAAAAAUUAAGCUUACUUGUAUGGGAUUCUGACUGACUUUGAACUCUUAAUUGUUACAACAACACAAUAUAAUAUUUUCUGAUACCAUUCAAUUGGUUCAGUAGUCAGAGCAACUACAUAAUACACAGUCAGGGUCAUAUAGUUAUUUUGUUAUGAAUUGCUGUGGUGAGUCCUGGGAAGCAUCUUGUAGAAUAUCUUGAUUACCAGUCCAGAACCAUUUUAUCACCUUAUCACAGUUUAAAGAUUCACCUGGCUGGUAUGAAUUUGCUUUUUUCUUUCCCAUUUUUUGGAACCAAUGGCCACAUUUGAGGGGAAGAACUAGCAGCAAUGCUGUUACUCCUGAUAAUAUUCGCAAACUGGUUGAUCACUCGCUGAUUCAUGUAGAAGCUUCAACAUUUCCGAAAUAAAUUUUUUGCCUGCAAAGGUUGGAGUUUUAGGGUUUGGGUUGGAGAUAAAGGAUCUAUUUCUCUAUUUGUUUACAUAUUGAAUUUUUCAGUUUUUGGUAACCAUGAGAUUACCAUAUUUCCUAAAUAAGCAUUUAUAGCACAGCAGUUUCUUUUAUCGCUAUUUCUGAAGGUGUAUAUUUAAUGUUAAGAAUGACAAUGAAGUUCACUAUUUGGUGAAAAGGAUGAUUUACACGGGCGGAUCUAGGAUUUUUUUUAGGAGGCGGUGCACUCGUCUCUUGCUCUACUUCAACACCAAUAAACCACAUAGUUUUUUUUGCACAAUACCAGUUGUAUCAGAAAACCGCAGGUCACUUCGGAAGGGGGGGAGGUGCGCACCCCCUGCACCCUCCCCCUAGAUCCGCCCCUGAUUUACAAUGUACAUAUGAUGUAAACAAUGUAUACAGAGAUGCUGAUUUUUUAUCUGUAUCUUGAAAGAUCGUUCAGAAACGUUUUGUGUUUGACCAAAGACUACCUCUGGAUGCCCUUUAUACGCUAUUGUGCUAAUCUUUAGAUAGGAUCCUUAGAAAUUUUGAAAGCGGGACAAUGUUUUCAGUGAUACGCCUUGGAGCCGUAAUCCUGACUGUUGCAUUAUUUGUUCAGAGGAAAAAUUGGCCUCUAUCCCUCGAAAUCACUCUUUAAAGGCAUCUUAAGCUUCUUUCACUUAACCCUAGCUCAUGAAUAGUUAGGGCUAGGAGACCAAAGAAAUUGAGAAUCAACCUUGGUUAAAAAAUUUUUACCUGAAUUUAAUUCUCACCUGUAACAUUUACAUUAAUCAAGUUAUACAAGAGACUAUGUUAUACAAGAGACUUGAGUUAUACUAAUAUAUCCAAACAGCAUAUCUGAGUAAAAUUUUCAUUUUGAUAGGUGGAAUUGCACAGCUGAGUUGUUGUGGGUAGUAAAGGCAUUUGAGGACCUUAUUCUAGUUCCAGUUGACAAACACAAGGUAAAUGUACACAUGCAGCUAAUAUAAUAUAUAUGUUGUGGUUUAAUUUAAACCUUGGUUUAAAUUUUAUUUUCCUUUGUGUGUGGGUAGGGUUUAAUGCAGGGAUGUACAGUGUACAUGUAACUACUGUAUAAAGGAAAAGAUGAGCAGGCUUUUUCUAUUAGUUAAGCCAGCUUUUUUACUCAACUGCAUCUGUAAAAUUUCCCCGUGCAUUUGUUUUCCUUUGCAAUUUGACCCAGUGGUAAGCUCUCUUUCAGUCUGUGAUAUUAACUGACGGUAGGCUCUUAAUGACAUCCCUGAGGGUUACAUGUACAUGUAUGAAUGAUAAUGAGUUUGAACCAAUGAAAAAGAAGAUUUAAACCAAGGAUAAAAUUGAACCACAGCAUAAUUAUUAUAUACCAUACAAGAAUGCUGAAAUGUUUGAGGUAAUGUGUUUUUGGUUUUGUAUUUCUUUAACUAGUUUUAUUGUGCAAUUAUUCAAAUGUGCUGUCCAUUUAUCUGCGUGGAAACAACAUUGGUUCAAACCUGGUGUAAAAAAUUGUUGCCCCUUUGCAUUGAUUACGCGUUAAAGUUGUAGUUUCAGGCAAAAUUAACAAUGAAAAUUUCUAGGGACGACACAUUGCAAAAAUAUUGUUUAUCGUAAAGGUUUUACCAAAAAGCUGCGACCACUUUCACUGUAUAAGGGAUCUGUAUACAGCUAUUUCCAGAAAGGUUGUCAAAAAAAAUGUGUAUGCGACAAUCCCGAAAGGUAAUGUGGGAUAUGAUCAAUACACUGUUCCUGACACUGUACUUAUUUUUUGUUGCUUUCCUUUAACAAUUGCAAACAUAAGUCCAUGGACUCUAGUGCCAUUCUUGCAAAUAUCUUUGAAGAACAGUGAGCUAAAAAUCACCCACAAUACCUUUCGGGAUUGCCACAUGUACUUUUUCCAACAACCUUUCUCGAAAUAGCUGUACUCAAGUUACUCUAACAAUCAGGAAGGCAAUUUUGAGACAGCCUGUUUGCGUUAAGGUGAAGAUGCCUGUUUAUCUGCUGAAAACAGGUUUUAUGGUACCUGUUUAACAUACACACGUCAGGAUACUUACUGUGUUAUAAUAAUACAGCGAACUGAUUACAGCUCUUAUACACAGUACAUUUAUGAAUGUAAACGUUUUUAAAGAUAUUUGUUAGUGUAGGAGCUGCUCGUACUGUCUCUCCUAAUUGGUCGCAGGAAGCAAUGGCAUGUCAUUCUUCCGAUUGUUUUAGUAUUGUUUGGGGUCAGGUAAAUGCACCAUCGGUGACUUCUCUUCCAAGCAGCUGCCACAUGACCCAUGAUAUUGAGAACUGUGAAACCUUCCUGGUCCAAAAUAUUGACAGCUAGUGUGCCUAUAAAUAGCCCUAAUGCAUGAUUACGUCAACUGACUAAACGACUCAUGCACUCUUAGUGCAAGGGUAUUCUUUCAACUGUUAAGCCUUGGCAGGGCGGGGAAAAAAAUUGAAAUCUACUUGCCCAGAAAUUUCAGUUCUCACUUGUCCCCACUUAAAUGUUACUUGCCCUGAGGGAACACAAUGACUUAUCAUCAAAAGUUCUAAGGUACUGUUUAGCAUAUGGGUGUAAGUAAUAGAUUAUAACAAAUUUUGUAAGAUUACUAGUACUUAAAAUUAAUCUGCGUCGGAUACAGAGCAUCUACUGGAUUUGACCAAUGUGACCGGACGAGUAACACGAGCAAUUUAACAUGCCGUUGGUUUUAAUUGAUUUAUGCUAUCAACUAAUUGUGUUACUCUUACUCAUCUUGCAAUCUUCGGUUUUAAAAUAGUUUCUGCCUGGAAAUUAUCACACCAAGGUGACACACUUUCAGACAGAAAAACCAUCUAUUUUGACUUUGCCCGCGGCAAUCAGACCUGGGUUAUUUCCUGUCCUGCUUGGGACUUCGUUAGUAUACCAAAAUGAGACUUGGUGGUGAAGUUUGCCAAUUAAUUUUAAUCUUAACAUGAAUAAUGAUUGUAUUGUUCAGUCCAUCUCUCCAAAGUGAAAAGUAUAGUAUUUGUUGUUUCCUUUAAGCAAGGCUAGUUCAACCACUGAGCCCCCAUUUACCUGGAGAAAAUUUGUCCUUAGUAGAAUGUUCAUUUGUCUACCAGAGCUACAUUGUAGCAGAAGAAAGCCGGUUUUCACAAAUUGAUUAUGUACUAAAUGUGGCGAACAGUUUUCAUGCAAAACAAAAGCUGCCUCUGCAAGAGGGGUGACCAGCCUUGUCAGGUUACUCUCCUAGCUGGACCAACUUCUCUCCAUUCUUUUCCCCAUAUAAACACUUUGGCUCACCCAGCUGGGUCAACUCAGUCAAGGACAGACAAUCUGAGCAUGCACUAUUGCUGUUUUAAACAACUGGAGCAUGUGUGAGCAUUUUUAGCUCAGGCAAAGGGGUAAACGUUUUUUUCUGUUUUUUUUUUUUUGCAAGAAUCAUAUCAACAUUUUCAUAGUGAGGUAUAAAAAAUUUUGCAGAGUAUUUUACCAACUUUGUAGGUUUGUCCUAAUGGGUAAUUACAUUUUUUUUCAGGUACCAAGGGAUCAAGCAGUCAUAGUUGCCCUGUGUCGUUCUAAAGCAAAGGCAAUAGCAUCAGCAAACAUACAGAACCUUAAAACUGCAUGUAAAGAAUUGUGUGUUUCGUUUUCAAGGACAUCAACAAAAGAGGAUCUCCUGUGUUCUCUGGGCAGAUUCUGUUUGAAAACCCUUGAUAUACAUAUUGGAAUAGUUAACAUUUAUGUCUACUCUACAUGCAAACCUUAGAUGUGGAUGUAUUUUUUAUAUUGGCAGUGAAAAUAAUCUGCAUUUAAAAGCCAAAUAAAUGAGUUAAUAGCUCACUUAUUACGGCGAGAUUUACGGGGUCAAUUUCCAUCAACAAGGCUUUUACAGGGUCAAAUAAGUCCCACUUUUUCAAUUUACAAGGUUUUCACGUGGUCAAAUCGGCCUCCCUUUUUCGAUUUGCAUGGUUUUUACAGGGUCAAAUCAGUCUCCCUUUUUAGAUUUACAGUGUUAUUACAUGGUCAAAUCAGUCUCUCUUUUCGAUUUACAAUGUUUUUACAGGGUCAAACCAGUCUCCCUUUUUCGAUUUACAGUGUUAUUACAGGGUCUUAUACUACUACAUGAGGAAUUUCUGCAAUUUGAUUGGCUUAGAGCAGUGGUAUUUCAGCUAAAUUUGAAAUACCUACAUGUGAAAAUUACAAACCUUUUGCAGGUAGUAAUAUAGACAAAUAAUAGCAUGAUUUGUACGUGAUAUUUGGCAUAAAUACCACUCGUGAUAUUUCAAAAUUGUCUCAAAUUACGUAUAACAAUUCUGAAAUAUCACUCUGGGCCCAGUUGUUCGAAGGCCGAUUAGCGCUCAAUCCGGGGUUAAAUUUAACCCGGGUUUUUCUUUCAUGUGUUAAAAAGCAUUUUCUCGGAUAAUUUUCUCCGUUAUUUUUAGAGCUUCCAAUCAUCAACUUGUAGACAAAAAGAAUUAAAACGGAAAUACUUUUUAAGCUUUCAAAUCUGAAUUCAAAUCUCGCGCUAACCCUGGGUUAUCUGAACCCAGCUUUGAACAACUCGGCCCUGGUAUUUAUGCCAAAUAUCACCACAAAUCUCUGUCAAUUUUUCGAUUUUCAGUGUCCUGUUUUUACGGGGUGAAAUCAGUCUCCAUUUUUCGAUUUUCAGUGUUUUUACAGUGUGAAAUGAUUCCUUCUCUUUACUAUUUACAGGGAUUUUACAUGAUAUUUACCAGGUCGUAGUAAACUAUCCUGUUUGAUUUACAUAUUAUUUGCAGAAAAAUAUCUACGGUAUAUUUACAUGCUCUUGCCUUUAGGACCUUUAAAUUUUACAGGAUUGUCUCCAUUUUUACAUGUUCUGCUCCUAAUAUUUGCAGUAACGGUAUUUACAGUAUUUUUACAGUAACUUUUAACAUCCUGUAAAAGGCCAUUUACAGUGAUCUGUAGUUGAUUUACGUACCUGAUAAUUACAUAUUAGAAUAGGAUUUUACAUGUGUAAGUUAAUUGAUCAAUUUUUCCAGUGUUUCUCUAGAACUGUCUCUUCUUAUGCCCAGUUAUUGGAAUAUUUAUUAUUUUUAGAAUAGCUGCUAAGGGGCUGAAGCUAACUCGACCAUCCAUGGAAUUAGGAAGGUACAAAAUGGUACGGAAUUAUCAUAUAUCUGCUUCUCCUGAUAAGAAUAGGUGA